AUGAUACUACGACAUGUUCUCUCUAAAUUAAGAACAUUUACCGCCUAUAAAAGAUGCUAUACUAUACAAAUCGAGUCAAUUAUCGACAAUGCUCAAUAUCAACCCUUGAAAGAAGAUGCAAUUGAAGAUUCAUCAUCUAAAGCACAAGUUUUGAAAACUAAGAAAUCAGCAUUUCAACCAAUUAAAUUAAACAAGCAAGAUGCUAAGAAGUAUUAUACAUUACUUAAAAUGGCGGAGUAUAGUUUAUCAUUACCCGAAGAUUACAAAUUAAAAAAAUCAUUAGCAUUAUGGACAAGAAAGACUUCAGGACAACAAGAAUUAAUUAAAAUAGGGUUUGAAAAUAUUUUAAAUGAAAUUUUAAUCAAGAAAAAUCAUUUAAAUGAACUAGAUAAAACCAAAGAGUCCGUUACAUUAAAUGAUCCAAUUGAUUCAAAUUUUAAUGUAAGCUUAAAUGAAACUAAUGAAAAUAAUAAUUCAGUCAAAAAGGAUAUUAAUGAAGUUUACAAAACUCCAAAAUAUAGAUAUAAUCUAACAUCCGGUACUACAUCGAUAAAAUUUCCGUUGACAACCAAAAAGAUCAAACGAUUUUAUAAAUUUCAAGAAUUAACUAAAUUAAAUUUUAAAAAUUUAUCAGCUGCAGAGUUCACCAAGACAUUAAACCAAUUAGAUACCAGUUGGAGAAGUAUUAAUUCUAUAAAAAGAAAUAAUUUAAAAGAUCAAUAUGAGAAUUUAUUACUUUCAGGAAAAGAUCUUAAUGACGACUUAACUGGUGUUGUGUCAAUUAAAGAAAAAUUUACUCAAAUUAGUUAUGAACCAGAACCUGGAACUUCAAAAACUAAUACAAUAAGAAAAGUUCCAAGAUUAAAAUUCAUUAUUAAUGAAAUGACUGGAAUCACUUAUGUAUAUGGACUAACUUAUUUUCAUGUUUGGAAUUAUUACUUAGGUAGAGAAAUCAAUAAAUCGAAACUAGAAUCAUCAGAUGAAGAGAUAAAUUUAAAUAAAUUGAUUAAACAAUGUGAAUCAAAUUGGAUUAAAAUGAGUCAAAAAGAAAAAUCACAAGUUUUUCAGGAGUAUGAAAGUUUAUUAAUGUCUGGAAAGGAUAUGUUAAAUGGGCAUAUUACAACCAUACCUGAAAAACUCAAAAUUAUAAAGAACAAAAAAACAUACGAUCUGAUACAUGUUCGAGGCACAACGUCGGAUUUCGAUACUAAUUUCACAAUUGAGAAUCAUCAAAAAGAUUUGGUUUUAUCAGAAGCACCAAGUAAAUUGACAAUUGAUCAACCACCAAAUUUAAGAUUUUCAAAAAAUCAAAUGGUUGGUAAUAUUACCAUUAUUGGUGAAUUGAAUUUAAUACAUGGGUACAAUUAUUUCAUUUAUGAAAAUCUACAAACUGAAAAAAAUGACCACUUAAACAUUAAAUCGACUUUGAAUAACUUAAACACCAAGUGGAAAUCAAUGAAUGAAGAUGAACAAAACGAGUACGUAACAAAAUACAAACAACUACUAGAAUCAGGUAACGAUAUAUACUUAGGUGACCAAAUAUCAUUAGCACAAAAAUCUCAAAAACAAGGUAUUAAAAAUUUAGUAACUGAAAUAUGGGGUCAAUUACCACCAUCUUCUGCAACAACAGGUUUAAAAUCUACAAUUGUUCCACCUUCAAUCAUUGUUGAUUCAACUACUAACCUGGUUCAAUUGGUUGAUAAUCUAAAAGAAGUUCACGUUUUCAAUUAUUUCUUAGCCAAAAGAUUCCCAAAAGAAAAUAAUAUGUUAGAAUUACAAACUCAAUGGAUUUAUAUGACUACAGAGGAAAAAGACGACUUACAAGAGGAAUACAAGAAUUUGUUGAUGAGUGGACAAGAUUACUUAUACGGUAAAAUAGUCUCAGUUAAUGAAAAACAGCCAUAUAUUAAUAACUUAAAAAUUUUAAAUGGUAUUGGAACAAAAAAAUAUCAACAGUUAAUCAAAUUAGAGAACCCAAAGUCCGAACAAGACGAUGAAGAAUUAUUUGAAUACUACAAACAAAUAAGAAAAGAACAAGAAAAAUUGGACGUUAAUGAUAAAAAUGUAAUAAAGAAGCUAAAACAAGAAUGGGAUUUAUUAGGCGCUAAUGAAAAAGAUGAAAUUAAAUCUACUUUAUCAUUGUAUAAUAGUUUCUUACGAAAGUAG